AGAAACAAGCUCAAUGCUCCGUUCGUUCCUAGCUAGACAACAGUUCCGCGCUAGUAUACUUUUUGCGCCAUUCAGUACACUGAAGUAGAGAUCUUAAAUCUUUAGCUGUUUUAUGGAAAGCAUGAGACGAACAAGGAGUUGCCGGGGCAAGCCUGUGGCAGAGUCAGGCAGUGAAGCUUCAGAGGCGAACACAAUUUAGCAGUGGAAGGGGGAUGAUGGUGAGUGGGAACCAUAUCCUCCAGAGGUCUGUGUCCAGCUGGACUCAGCAAAGCAGGACGGUGAAAAGUUGGUGCCACUGGUGCUCGGACCUGGUUAUGAGGUGGAUCUUGUGAAAAUGACUCAGACCAAUACUGUCACCAAGUUCAAACGAAAAAUACGCCUUCAGAAAGUGAAGUCAGAAGAUCUGAAUGAAGGGAAAGCUUUGAAUGGCAAAAAAGGAGCUCCAGCUGUUGUUCAGAUUAAAGAAGAGAAAGAGUAGGAAGAGGAGCAACCGGUUUCCAAGAAGAGACGCAAUGAAGGGAGGAAUCAGAGAGCAGGAAAAAACAAGUCCAUUGUAAAAAAGGAAAGUGAAGAAGAGGUUGUGAAGACGGUGGUUAUGAAAGGUAAAGCCCCAGUUGAUCCAGAAUGCAAGGCUAAAAUUGGAAAGGCCCACGUCUACAGUGAAGGGGCUGAUGUAUAUGAUGUCCUGCUGAAUCAAACUAAUGUUCAGUUCAACAACAAUAAAUAUUACCUGAUUCAGCUGCUUCAGGAAGACAAUGCAAAAGCCUACAGUGUAUGGAUGAGGUGGGGACGAGUGGGUAAAGUAGGACAGAACAGCUUGGUUAACUGUGGGGUGAAUCUUGCUCAGGCCAAAGACACCUUCAAAAAGAAAUUCUUCGACAAGACCAAGAAUGAGUGGGAGCAUCGAGCAAAUUUUGAGAAAGUUGCAGGGAAAUAUGACAUGGUAUUUGUAGACUACAGCGCUGAAGGCAAGGAUAAGGACAAGGCUGUGGUAUCCUCUCCUCCUCAAAUAAAGCCCUGCCAACUGAACAGCAAGGUCCAGUCUCUCCUAGAGCUUAUAUGUGACCUCAAAGCCAUGGAAGAGUGUGUGCUAGAAAUGAAGUUUGACACCAAAAAAGCCCCACUCGGAAAACUUACAACAGAGCAAAUUUGAGCUGGCUAUGCCUCUUUGAAGAGGAUAGAGGAGUGUUUAAAGAAAAAGAAGAGUAACAAGGAACUCUUGGAAGCAUGCAACCAGUUUUACACCCGCAUCCCCCAUGACUUUGGGUUACGGACACCUCCCAUAAUAUGCACAGAGGAUGAGCUAAAGGAGAAAAUCACUUUGCUUGAGGCUCUAAGUGACAUCCAGAUAGCAGUGAAAAUGGUUCAGUCUAGUGUUCAGAACGAUGAGCAUCCUUUGGACAGACAAUAUCGCUCUCUACACUGUCAACUGCAGCCACUGGAUUCUAACAGCCAUGAAUACAAAGUUAUAGAAAAAUAUCUUCAAUCUACUCAUUCACCCACCCAUACUGAUUACACAAUGACCAUUCUGGACAUCUUUGCUCUGGAGAAAGAGGGCGAGAGCUUCUGCUCUGAGCUAGAAAACAAAAUGCUCCUGUGGCAUGGUUCUCGUGUGUCAAACUGGGCAGGGAUCCUGAGUCAGGGGCUGCGAGUGGCCCCUCCAGAGGCUCCUGUGACCGGAUACAUGUUUGGUAAGGGGAUCUACUUUGCAGAUAUGUCAUCUAAAAGUGCCAAUUACUGCUUUGCCAAUCAGAAGAACAACCAAGGACUUCUGUUGCUGAGCGAGGUUGCCCUUGGGAAUAGCAAUGAACUUGUGGAUGCAGAUCACAAUGCAGACCAACUGCCUUCUGGGAAACAUAGCACAAAAGGCCUGGGGCAGACUGCGCCCGACCCAAACAACUAUGUUGCAUUGGAUGGUGUGACCAUACCCAUGGGGCCCUCAGUGAAGACCGGGGUGGGGCAGAAGGGAGGUUACACCCUCCUUUAUAACGAAUACAUUGUUUAUAACCCUGCUCAGAUACGGAUGAAGUACCUCCUUCGAGUUCAGUUUAAUUUCUCUUCGCUCUGGUGAGGCAGAGGGGAUUCUGUACAUUUAGAACAGUUUUUACAGUCUGAGGUGAAGGACCUACAAUACAUAUUUACACAGUAUGUAACUCAUGUGUUCAUGAAAUUAAAUAGAGACUCAAGCAUAUUGUUCUGUAAAUGUCUAUUGCAACGUCAAUAGCUAUCUGAAGUUGAGGAGUAAUUUCUGUCAACAUAAAUGGAAUAUUGUAUUUAAUUUGUUGCCUGUACAUUUAAGCACCAGAAUGCACCAUUUAAUGUGGAAAUACUGGGUCUUGACCUAAGUAAUAUUUCAUCAGAUGUUAUCACUGUUUGUAGAGUUCACUUAAUAGAUGUUAGAUUAACAAGUGAACAAAUCUAAAUGUUUGCAUGAAUGAAUUUUUUUGUUUCACACAGGCUGACGGUGGUUUUAUAUCCUGUGACAAACAGACAUGUAGCCAUGUCUACAUUUUUGUAAACACUUACCAGUGUUCAAAACAGUUCACAUGUCUAAAUGUAUUCCUGCAGGACUGUUUGAAUGGCAUAUGAAUCCAACACCCAGAAAAAAAACCCAGGUUGGUCUUGAAAAACUGGUUGAAGUACAGCUUUAAAGUUUACUUUUAAGAUCCGCUGCGGCGGUUCAUGAACACAAUGCGAAACCAGACUUCUUUCUUCCCAAUGGAAAGCAUAUUCAAACUGUCUGAGUCAUUCCAUGUCCCCCAUAUAGUGUACUACGUGCCAUUCAGCAUACAGAAAAUACUAAUUAUGUGAACAAGUGACCUAUUUCAGCAGCAGUUUCAGCAUCUAUUUAUAAUGUAGGGGGCUGGACACUUCAGAUUCUAGAGAGCAUUUGAUUGGACCGAAUGUUUGACGAGAAGCUGAAGUGCAGGGUGAUGUCAUCAAAAUCAUUGAUCCAUACUGGCGGAAGUGAGAGACUGUAAGUUUUGAAUGCUUAUAUCUUCUAAAUGCUAAUUUUGUCAUUGUUUUGGAGCAUACAAUAUGAUUAUCUGCUAAAAUAAAUUAAAUAAAAUGAAACAAGUCUUAAUAUCAUUCUUAAAAGUGCAUCUUAAAUAAAAACAAGAUACAAGACAAGUACCAUGAAAAG